AUGAGUAUGCGUCACGUAAGGGAGGCGAAGGCGCUGCUGAGGACGAAGAUGCUGCGGGUCCGCUCGGAGCACCUGCUGCAGCUUCAGCUGCAGCAGCAGCAGCAGCAACAGCAACAGCAACAGCAGCAGCAGCAGCAACAGGAGCAGCAACAGCAGCAGCAGCAGCAGACAGUAGCUGAUGCUGUGUAUAUGCAGCUCCAACAGCAGCAGCAGCAGCAGCAGCAGCAGCAGCAGCAGCAGCAGCAAGAGCAACAGCAACAGCAGUUUGGACGAUGCCUUACUCUUCUUUGUGUCUGUGUGUUGCUGUUUGCAGUAGCAACAAGCGGAACAGCAGCAGCAGCAGCAGCAGCAGCAGCAGCAGCACCUCUUCGUGUGUUCGGCAUUGCAGUGCCCUCCUCUGGCGUCUCUGCAUUCUUUGCUGCGGAUUUGCUGCUGCUGCCGCUCGUUGCAUUUACUUCUCUUGGUGCUCGUCUAGGGUAUGGGGGGGGCUUCUAUGAUGCUACAAUUGCUGCUCUCAAGAACCUCCCUGCUGCUGCUGCUCCUGCUGCUGCUGCUGCUGCUGUGGGGGAGGGCGUGCAGCAGCAGCAGCAGCAGCAGCAGGAAGCAGCAGCAAACAGCCCCGGUGAACUGCUGCGCAGACUGAGAACGACAGGGUCUCUAUCAGCAACAUCACCAGCAGCAGCAGAUGCAGCAGCACCCCCAGCAGCAGCAACAGUAACAGCAGCAGCAGCAGCAGCAGCAAGGCCGUUGUUGUGUGGUUUAGCGUUUCGCUGUCAGCAAGUGCCGAGCGAGUGUCUCCAAACUGAAGCACACGACUGUCUCCUUGAUGCUGUACUUGCAGAAGAAGACUUCAUCAUCUGCAACCCCCACCUCGCUCACCUCAUGCAGCAGCAGCAGCAGCAGCAGCAGCAGCAGUGGGUGCAGCAGCAGUAG